GAAAUGUCACAGUCAAUUCAUAGUGCUAAGGAACAAUAGUUCAAGAAGGCUCAUAUUCGCUAAAUUAUUUAACAUUGAAAAAAUUGAACUUUUGCUUUUAACAAUAGCUCCAAUGAAUUUUCGCGUGGGAAUUUAGGUUAAUAUACUUUUUAUGACGCUUCUUCAGUCCAGAAUUUAAAUUUCAACCAAAGCCACACAAGUUAUUUUAAAUCUAAAAGGCUCCACCGUUUGUGGUGUUGAAAAAAAAAUUCUAUAAUGGCAAAAUUAUAUUGGAUUGCUGUUUGCAAUGUUAUAUUUGCAUUACUACCAAUUGCUGUUCUCGCUAUCGACCUAAGUCGUCUAUAUGGACAUUUGCCCCAGGUAUCUAAAAGGAGUGAGGCAUGCCACCCAUACGAACCAUUCAAAUGUCCUGGUGAUGGAAACUGUAUAUCUAUUCAAUAUCUUUGUGAUGGCGCUCCUGAUUGUUCAGAUGGAUAUGAUGAAGAUAUGAGGCUAUGCACGGCAGCAAAGCGACCGCCAGUAGAAGAGACAGCCUCGUUUUUACAAAGUUUGUUGGCGUCACAUGGUCCAAACUACCUAGAAAAACUUUUUGGUAGCAAGGCUCGUGAUGCGUUAGCACCAUUAGGAGGUACAGAAAAAGUGGCAAUAGCGCUGAGUGAAUCACAAACGAUAGAGGAUUUUGGAGCAGCGUUACAUCUUAUGAGGUCAGAUCUGGAACAUCUAAGAUCGGUUUUCAUGGCUGUCGAGAACGGUGACUUAGGAAUGCUCAAGUCAAUAGGCAUCAAGGAUUCUGAGUUGGGAGAUGUGAAAUUUUUCCUCGAAAAGUUGGUCAAUACAGGAUUUCUUGAUUGAGUAGCACCAGAACCAUAUUCGCCCUUCUACUAUUCAGUUCCGCUUCAACCACAAUUCUAUUCAUAUUUAGGGUCUUCUUAUGAUGGUUAUAAUUAUUAAGCGUAUAUUAUUAUUUUGCAUCGUUUCAUGUAAAGCCAAUGGCGUGGUUACGGGUAAUUGACUGACACACAACACACACCUCACAACCACGACAUCGCUUUUACACAUACGUAGCUUUUUUGAGAUAAUUCAAGAAUUAGAACCUAAGAGUGGUAAUAAUCUAAGAAAUACUUAUCGACAUGAAAAAAAUGAGUUAUUAAGUAUUUUUAAAACAUCUUCAGCCUGAACAUAUGAGGUACUGCAUUUCAUUCAUUCUUAUAUCAUAUCACGUUUUUCAUAUAAAGAUGAAACAAAUCAAAACAAUCAGCUAGUGUGUAAUAUUUAAAACAAUCCUCAUGUCUUGAAUCAAGUUUAGCCCAACCAAUGGAGUUAAGUACCUUAACACUGAAACUAUAUUUUAAUGAAAUGCUAAAUGCCAAUCAGCGAAUGAAGCGGUCUAUUCGGUAAGACGGGACAAGAUGAGUUUUUGUAUUCAAUUUUAUUGCUUCGAAUCAAUCUUAUAAUUUAUUUAUUGAUAGUCAUCAGCAAUGACAGCGAAUAUACAUCCAUAUAAAGUAACUUCUGUUACAUAUAAUUUCUUAUAGCAUCAACUAACAUUACCUUGAUUUCAGUGAUACGUGAACAAUAUGAAUUACGACAUUUACCUCAACGCGCUUUGCAAAUUGAAACAAUGAAAAUCGUACUCAUUUUUAUUUUUGUUCGCUUGAGCAAUUAAAAAUAACAGCUUUACAAACAGCUUAGCUGCUUCCUGUUGAUAAUGAAUAUUUCAAGGCACUUGUUUUAGUCACUUGUCUCGCUUACUCGUAUAAAUAUAACAACAGGUUAAAACAUUAGAAAACAUAUCGAAUGAGGUUAUACAAGUUCGAUUGGCAAAACAGUAAAGAGUAAUUUGUAAUAUUUAUAGAAGAAUGCUGCAAGUAGGUAUCUAAUUGAAAAAAAAAAAAGAGUAGAAUAUCAACCCAAUAUCUUAUGAGAGUUCACAAUGGUAAGAAAUACGUGACCACCAAACAAGAUCAACGGUUUUCAACAUUAUUGUAAAAGGAUAUUACGUAACACAAAAAUUGGUUAUUUCAGACACUUCAUUAUGAUACUUUAGCUUAUUAUUUUUUGUAGCACGUACGCAGUUAUUUUCUCUUUUAAUCACGUUACAUAAUAUAUAAUCGACCAGGCAUUAAUUUGUGUUAUAUAUAUAUAUAUAUAUAUAUAUAUAUAUAUAUAUAUAUAUAUAUAUAUAUAUAUAUAUAUAUAUAUAUAUAUAUAUAUAUGCGUAAAGAGUGAACGCACUGGAAAUUGCAAUAAAAAUUUAAAUUUAAGUUUUCUAAGUUUUCAUAAAUUAUUUCAAUACGUUACUGGACUCUAUAACUUGCCUGUGUGAUUAAUUUGAAAUUGAAUUAUAUCAUCAAUGAAAAACAAUUGAUUGAUCCUUAAUUCUUUGUACCGCGUGAAAUGGAGCUACAUUGUCCAAUUUUGAUAGCCAAAUGUAAACUUCAUACAUGGGCAAAACGAUACAGAUCCCAUUGCCUGAACAUUUUUUUAUUAUUCAAUUACCCAAAUCGUUAUGGAUGUAAUAAUUGUACAAUUUUACGCAAAACUUCAAGCACAAACUAUAACAAAAGGAGUGGAACCUAGUAGUAAUCGCGUCUUUUUUUGAUUGUAGUGCAUAAAAAAUGAACACUGUAAGAAACGAAACAUAUCAAAAAAACACAUAUCAAGUUUGCAUAGCAAAUAUAUUUAUUACAGAAGACA